GCGGGUUCCUGCGUCUUGGUUGAGGGAUAAAUAACCCGUCGCCCGGGCCCGCGGUGGGCUCGAGGGGAAGAGUCGACAGCAGCGUCCGCGAUCUCGCCCGGUCCUCCCCUUCGCCAUGUCUAGCACCUUCGGCCUCCGCCGGCUUCUCGGCCUCGCGCUGGCUGCGACCUGCGUCUCAGUCGUAACAUGUCACGACGACCGUUGGGUAGACAUCUGGGCUUCUAUGCCGCAGCAGGUGGAACCCUACAACUUGCCCGAUGCCCCCUAUAACGGCACCGACGGCGUCUUCCAGAACACGACGAUCCGCCAGACCGUGUACCUGACCCAGGACGCGACGACGAUCCGGUUCCAGUUCAGCAACGCCUUCGGCGGCUCCGACCUGCCCAUCACGGCGGCCACCAUCGCGCUGCCGGCCAACGGCACGGCCGGCUCGCCCGCCAUCCGCCCCGACACGCUCCAGCACCUGACCUUCUCGGGCUCGCCCUCGUUCGACGUGCCCAACGGCGCCCUCGUCGUCUCCGACCCGAUCCGCUUCCCCGUCAAGGCCCAGACCAGCGUCACCAUCACCGUCUACCUGGCGGCCGGCCAGGCCGGCCACGCCGUCACGGGCCACCCGGGCAGCCGCACGGCCAGCUGGCUAACACAAGGCAACCUCGCGUCAGCAGCGGACGUAACCACGCCCACGACGCAGCGCAUCGACAAGUGGUUCCUGGUGUCGGCGCUGCAGGGGUGGCUGCCGGCGCACCACCGGGCGCUGGCGGUGGUGGGCGACUCCAUCACCGACGGGCGCGGGUCGACGACCAACGGCAACGACCGGUGGCCGGACCAGCUCGUGCGGCGCCUGCAGCGCGACGGCAACCAGCGCUCCGUCGCCGUGCUCAACCUGGCCGCGGGCGGCAACCGCAUCCUGGCCGACGGGCUCGGCCCCAACGCGCUGGGCCGUCUCGACCGCGACGUGCUGGCGCGCGGGCCCGCGGUGCGGUACGCGCUGAUCUAUGAGGGGGUCAACGACCUGGGCACGGCGGCCACGGACGCGGCGGCGCAGGAGCGGGUGGGCGACCGGGUGAUCUUGGCGUACGACCAGAUGAUCUCGCGGCUGCACGGGGCCGGGAUCGCGGUGUUCGGCGGGACCAUCACGCCGAUGAGCGGGCCGGGCCAGGCGUACGGGGACCCGGAGCGCGAGAGGCAGCGGCAGCGGCUGAACGAGUGGAUCCGCACGAGCGGGCGGUUCGACGCCGUGGUGGAUUUCGACGAGGUGGUAAGGGACCCCAAGAACGGGACCAUGCUGAAGCCCGAGUACGAUACGGGGGAUUAUCUGCAUCUGAACCCGGCUGGGUACAAGGCCAUGGCCGAAGCGGUCGACUUGGAGUGGUUUGCGCGGUUUGCGGGCGGCGUGAAGUCCAUGGUCUGAGUGAGGUGAGACGGGUUUCGGACUUGGGGGCGGGGGCGGAAUGGGGCACGACCAAAAGGUGGAAAAGGAUGGAUCCUUCAGACAUAUUUGAAUAAUAAGACAAGCUCGUGUGCUUUUGACAGGGGCCUUAAUGGGGCUGAUACAUACACGUAUUCGUAAACCAUGCAGAGCCCAACUCCGAGCGGUGAGGCGCGGGCCUUGGGUUGGGGACGAACUUCCCGGGGCCCGAAAAUCGCG